GAGCGUGAGACCGGCCGCGUUCCUUGAGCUGCUGCGCUGCGGCUUUACAGCUCCCUGAUCUACACUAUGAUAUCCCCAGCAAGCCAGUCUGCCUAAAGGCCAGUGCCUACACUUGGCUUUCUCUGCAAGGGCUGUGAACAGUAUUGCUAGUCGUGAUAAGUUACCACACAGCUCAUUCUAAGCAAGCACGUUUACUCUUAAGGGAAAAACGUUGGAGACAGCAUAGAAUAACAAUAAAAAAACACCAAAGGUCACCCCAAUGCCAGUCUGGGGUUCUGGCAUAGACUCUGCAGAAAAACAAAAUCCCUUUGUUGGCACAAUUGGUUGGCUUCCAUCAGAAGAGAAACAGGAUUAAUGAAGCAUAGAAACUGAAAUUACAUCCAUCUGGGAGGGUGUUCAUUCAAGCUUCCACAGAGUUGGGAUGCCGAACUGGGGAGGAGGUAACAAGUGCGGUGCCUGUGGACGAACAGUCUACCAUGCUGAAGAGGUUCAGUGUGAUGGGAGGAGUUUCCACAGAUGCUGCUUUCUCUGCAUGGUUUGUCGGAAAAACUUAGACAGCACAACUGUAGCAAUUCAUGACGAUGAGGUUUACUGCAAGUCCUGCUAUGGAAAAAAGUAUGGUCCUAAAGGCUAUGGCUAUGGCCAAGGAGCAGGCACGCUCAACAUGGACAGAGGCGAGAGACUGGGCAUCAAGCAUGACAACACACCAUCUCCUCACCGACCUACAACAAGUCCAAAUACUUCAAAGUUUGCUCAGAAAUUUGGAGGUGCAGAGAAAUGCUCCAGAUGUGGUGAUUCUGUUUAUGCUGCUGAGAAAGUAAUAGGAGCUGGAAAGCCUUGGCACAAAAACUGUUUCCGAUGUGCUAAGUGUGGGAAGAGUCUAGAAUCCACAACCCUGACUGAAAAAGAAGGUGAAAUUUAUUGUAAAGGCUGCUAUGCAAAGAACUUUGGCCCCAAAGGAUUUGGAUAUGGCCAGGGAGCAGGUGCCCUUGUUCAUGCUCAGUGAAGGAGUAAAAUCCAAGACUGAUCAUGAUUCACCGAGACACCUUCUAUGCAACGAGGCGCAGCUUAAGUGUUACUAGUUACUGUGAAACUGACACUAGUGUAUUAUAAUAUUGCUUAGAUCGAGCUUUUACCAAAUACUAAAGCACUACAUAUUUCUCUAUUUUUCUUGUGCACCACAUGUUAAUGAACACUCUAUUAGCACUGUCAUUCCACUUCAAUAAAGCUUUGCAUAUUG